ACGGCAACGACAGCUGGCUCAAGCAACAUGGAAUCUGUGCUCAAAAGCCCCUUUCCUGCCUCUACCAAGCGGGCGACCUCUGUGAUCGAUGGAAUUUCCACUGAAUCAACCGUGGUUUACUUUGCUGAUAAGAUAAUGAUUACUCUAAGCCAAGACGGCAGGCUUGCUCAGUGGUUUCAUGUACCGUUGGAUACCAACAAUUCAGCACUCAUCGGGGCUCAAUCGGCUGAAGACGAAGAUGGUCUACUCCCACUUACCCACUUAACACCCACCACAUUACUUGGCGGAGCGGUCGAAUCAAGAGAAGCGUUAGGGCAAUUGAUCGCAGUCCAGCUUGCUUCAGCCGUAUCCAUGAGAAACAGGGAUGAAGGAAGGAUGGUAGUUUUAGGACUGGGACUGAUGAAGGCGGAACUAGAGAGGGACGCGUUCAUCCAACUCAUCGAGCUGGUUGGAAAGUGUCUAUAAUAUUUAAAUAAGUCCGAUCUGCUAGAACAAUUGCUCGCUUGAGUGUUUUCUA